AUGUCCCUGCAUAGUGUCCAUGACCCGCAGUUCCGCCGAGCUGUCAACAUCUACGACUGGACUCUAUACCCUGGCUCCCUAUCUCCCCACGGAGCCAGCAUAAUGAAGUACGAAGACCCGGAGUCACUACCGGAUGUUGCAUCACCCGUCACUCAGCGGGCGUACGUUGAUAUGGACGAUGGUCGAGGAAGAUUCCCGGUCACAAGACACACGAUCAUCUGCGGCGAUGGCGAAAUCGCGACUGUCGCCGUUGAGUGCGUCGGGGGCAUUUCCGGAGACAGGAAUGACACGUCCAAAGCCGUCUUCGAAGUCAUUUUCAAUGGGGUGACAUGUAUAGCCAAGUGUUGGGCACCAGAAGGACUCGAGAACAAAGAAAUCCGAACUAACGAAAUCAGGUACGCGAUCGAAUCAAAAGUAUACGAGACCAUCGAACGGCGCAAAGCGAAUGGAGUAGCCGUGCCGGAUUGUUUCGCAAGUUGCUUUUUCACUGGGCAGAUUAUGUGCUCGAGUAUCUUCCCGCAAGGAUACAUUAUCGUUAUGGAGAAGAGAUCCGGGCACCGGGUUGCUGAUAUCAUUGAGGAGUUGAGCUUCGAGGAGCAGAACGUCCUUAUUGAGCGUAUCCGGGACGCUAUCAGUUUACUCGACGAGUGUGAUGUCGAGGUUGGUAAUCCUCGACUUCUUGAAGAUAUGCUGUUUUGUCAGCGGACGGGACAGACUACUCUGAUUGACUUUGCUUCGUUGGUUGAGGUGGGGGAUUGGAGCUUCAUGGAUGAAACCGAGGAUGAGACCGAGCCUGUGGUGCCAGCUUCCUCGGAAAAUUUUGUGAUUGGCGAUCGCGAUGAUGAUGCUGUUUCGGAGGAUACUGUUAUUGCAUAA